AGAGACAGACGCCGAUACUUGUCAAAAUCACGUAUCAAGUUCAAGUGAGAUUUUUCGGUGAAUUUCAAGAAUUGUUUAUUUUUCAUCAGCCUAAAAUGUUUAAAUUGUGAUACAGGAACUCAAAAAAAGACUUAAAAUGUCGCUCGAAAUACCAUUGAUGAGCACCGAUGAGGUGAUUGAGCUAGACCCAGAACAGCUUCCAUCGGGUGAUGAAGUUUUGAGUAUAUUACAACAAGAACGAUCCCAACUAAACGUUUGGAUAAAUGUUGCUCUUGCGUAUUAUAAACAGAAAAAGAUCGAUGAUUUCCUUAAAAUACUGGAGGCAUCCCGAGUGGAUGCCAAUAUUGACUACAGAGACUUUGAAAGGGACCAAAUGCGUGCUCUCGAUAUGCUUGCCGCGUACUACGUACAAGAGGCAAAUAAAGAAAAGUCGAAAGACAAGAAAAAAGAGCUUUUUACAAAAGCUACACUUCUUUACACCAUGGCAGAUAAAAUUAUUAUGUAUGAUCAGAAUCAUCUUCUUGGCCGUGCAUACUUUUGCCUGCUUGAAGGUGAUAAGAUGGGACAAGCAGACACUCAAUUUAAUUUUGUACUAAAUCAGUCACCAAACAAUGUGCCUUCAUUACUUGGUAAAGCUUGUAUUGCAUUUAACCGUAAGGAUUACAGAGGUGCUUUAGCGUUUUAUAAAAAAGCAUUGAGAACCAACCCUAACAGCCCUGCUGCUCUUCGUCUGGGUAUGGGGCACUGCUUUAUGAAAUUAAAUAAUCAGGAAAAAGCUAGGAUGGCUUUUGAAAGAGCUUUGCAACUUGAUUCUCAAUGUGUUGGAGCGCUUGUGGGCCUAUCAAUAUUGAAACUCAACCAACAAGAAAGUGAAUCCAAUAAAAUGGCUGUAAUAAUGCUGUCUAAAGCAUAUGCCAUUGAUCCAAAAAAUCCAAUGGUAUUAAACCACUUGGCCAAUCAUUUCUUUUUCAAAAAGGAUUAUGGUAAAGUGCAACAUCUUGCAUUACAUGCAUUUCAUAACACUGAAAAUGAAGCAAUGAGAGCAGAGAGUUGCCAUCACUUAGCGAGAGCAUUUCAUGCUCAAGGUGAUUGUGAUCAGGCAUUUCAGUAUUAUUAUCAGGCAACACAGUUUGCUCCUCCUAACUUUGUAUUGCCGCACUAUGGUCUUGGACAAAUGUAUAUCUACAGAGGAGACACUGAAAAUGCAGCACAAUGUUUCGAAAAAGUGCUUAAGGCCCAACCUGGUAAUUAUGAAACAAUGAAAAUUCUUGGAUCAUUAUAUGCAAACUCCCCUUCACAAUUACAAAGGGACAUUGCAAGGCAACAUUUAAAGAAAGUUACUGAACAGUUCCCUGAUGAUGUGGAGGCCUGGAUUGAAUUGGCACAAAUACUGGAACAAAAUGAUUUACAGGGAUCUCUCAAUGCUUAUAGUACAGCUAUGAAAAUUCUGAAAGACAAGGUCAAUGCUGACAUCCCUGCAGAAAUCUUAAACAAUGUGGCAGCCCUUCAUUAUCGUCUUGGAAAUUUGCCUGAAGCUAUGAAGUAUUUAGAGGAAGCCUUGGAAAGAGAGAAAGCAGAUGCGGAAACAUUGGAUGCACAAUACUAUAAUUCUAUUGCCGUAACUACCAUGUAUAAUCUAGCGCGUUUGAAUGAAGCACUCUGUGUUUACAAUAAAGCUGAAAAAUUGUAUAAGGAUAUAUUGAAGGAACAUCCUAACUAUAUUGAUUGCUAUUUGAGGUUAGGUUGCAUGGCUCGCGACAAAGGUCAGAUUUACGAAGCGUCUGAUUGGUUCAAAGAAGCAUUGAAAGUGAACAUAGAGCAUCCAGACACAUGGUCUCUAUUGGGUAACUUGCAUUUAGCUCAGCAGGAGUGGGGCCCCGGACAGAAGAAAUUUGAAAGGAUAUUGCAGAACUCAUCAACAUCUACCGAUGCGUACUCGCUGAUUGCUCUUGGAAAUGUUUGGCUCCAAACUCUACACCAGCCGUGCCGAGAGAAGGAUCGUGAAAAGAGACAUCAAGAGCGAGCACUCGCUAUGUACAAGCAAGUACUGAAGAAUGACCAGAAAAAUAUUUGGGCAGCUAACGGUAUUGGUUGUGUACUGGCACAUAAGGGUUGUAUAAACGAAGCGCGUGAUAUUUUCGCUCAAGUGCGAGAAGCGACUGCUGACUUCCCUGAUGUAUGGAUGAACAUUGCCCACAUAUAUGUCGAACAGAAACAGUACAUCAAUGCCAUACAAAUGUACGAGAACUGCAUCCGCAAGUUCCGCGCGUCGCACGAGGUGGAGUGGCUGACGUGGCUGGCGCGCGCGCAGACGCUGGCGGGGCGCGCGCGGGCGGCGCGCGGCACGCUGCUGCGCGCGCGCCGCGUGGCGCCGCACGACACCGCGCUGCUCUUCAACACGGCGCUCGCGCUGCGCCGCCUCGCCGCGCACGUGCUCAAGGACGAGCGCUCCGAGCUGCGCGUCGUGCUGCGCGCCGUGCACGAGCUGCACGUGUCGCACCGAUACUUCCAACGGCUCGCAACGGUGGAGAGCGGCGAGGGCGCGGAGCGGGCGCGCUACGAGCCGAGCGCGGCGGCGAGCGAGGCGCGCACGUGCGCGGACCUGCUGUCGCAGGCGCAGUGGCACGUGACGCGCGCGCGCCGCCAGCACGAGGAGGAGGUCACGCUGCGGGACCGCCAGCGCGAGCAGCGGGAGGCCUUCCGCCGGCAGCAGGUAUGGCGCGCACGAGCCGAGCCCGCGUGCGCGGACCUGCUGUGUGGCCUUAUGACCAUAUCCUUAGUCACUAUAAACGUAUAUCACGAGGACAUUAGUUUUUAG